CGCAUCAGGCUAAUCACGCACUAUCAUGGAAAUAUUAUAUGCAUGUAUAUACAUAUAAUAUUAUACAUUUGAAUAUAUAUUCUAAUAGGUUAAGUUUGUGAAGCACAAUCCGAUAGUAAAAGCUAGACUUUAAUAAUCAAACUUAACGUUAGUGAAAAAUGGGGCAAAUUAAUCAACUAUUUCGGACUAUAUUAAUUACCCUGUUAACACUUGUUCUACUGUGCUUCGUUAUUCUGCCUCUAAUUCCAGUUUUAGGUGUCGCGUGCCUUUGGCGAUGUUUCAUUUCACGCUGUGCAAUGCUAUUUAAGAAAAAUAAACUAGGAAAGCUAGUAAAUGCCAGUGGCACAUUUCUAGCAAGUUGCAACGUGUAUAACAUCAAAGCAUUGAACAUCCUUACCGUCAUGGAAAUUGAGCAUGGUUUAGCAGACGUGAAUACGAUGCGGGACAAAUUUGAGAAACUUAUUCUGUCAGCGAAGCUUCCAAAUUCAGACGAACUUCAAUAUCCGGAACUGACGUCGGGGCUGGCGCAGUGGAUGGGAUACUUAUUUUGGGCACCGUGCCCAGAUUUUGAGAUCAAGGAUCACAUAAUGUCUCUAGCAGAUAUCGAUGUUCCGGUGUCGCUCAGAGAUCUGGAAAACGAAGCGACACAGCAAGAAUUAUGGAAGCAUCUUGUCCGCGAACGCUUGUGGAAGAAAGGGAGGCCACUCUGGGAAUUUAUAAUGGUCAACCCCACAUCAGAUUGCAACAAGUCGAAAAGUUUAAUCAUAGGGCGCUGUCAUCACUCCUUGGCUGACGGGUGGGCAUUAUUCAAGCUGUUCACUCGACUAUUUAAAGCAGAAAGCUUACUCGAAAAAAUACCAACUAUGAACAAGUCAUCCGUAGUCAGAAAUAGUUCGUCUUGGAGAACAAGAAUGUCCCAGGCUUUGACAACGGCUAAACUUCCGUUCGAAGCGGUGGAUUUACUGGUCACGCUGAUCAUGAAUCGUGUAGCCGUCCCAACCUACCCAUUGGAAUCCAAAGACAGCUUGGAUGAGCCAGGAUUAGUUUUUGCGACGGAAAAAGUUGGCAGGCUGGAUGGCAUGAAACAGCUUAAGACGAAACUUGGGGUAGAUUUUCAGUCCGUCCUUUUGGCUGGGGUAGCCGCCGGGGUGAGAGAUUCGUAUGUCAGGGCGUGUCAACCAAUUCCGGAUAAUGUGGUCACGGUCUUCCCACUUCCGAUGCCUGGACAUCCUAACAAGCUAAGAAAUCAUGUUUCCGUUGGCUUCAUUUUGCUACCCAUUGGCGAGCCGGAUAGUGAAGAACGACUGGAGGAAAUCGCUUCCAGAAUGCAAAAACUUUAUCGAUCAAGAAUUGUACUUUCAAAUCACUUCCAACUUCGUGUGAUCGGUUCAAUGCCACUUCCGUUAGUCCGGUUUUGUCGCAAGAGGUCUAGACCAUCGCCCAUCAUGGUUUGCAACUGGGUGGGACCACCAGAAGCAUUGUACUGGGAGGAGAGUCAGAUUUCCGAUGUCAAAAUUGUCGUCAAUAUACCCUUUAACAAACCCAAAGGAUAUGCAUAUGGCGUCUCCCUCUUGACAUAUGAUGGAAACGUUGAUCUGGGAGUUAUCGGAUUACGUAAUUUUUUCCCAAAUAAUCAACACCCGAUAAAGUUUAAUGAGCGGGUUAUAGAGGAAUGGGAUCAAUUGGAGAGCGUUAUUUGUACUUGAACCUUUGAAGCUUUAGGUUUAAGGAAAAAGGCAAAAUAAAAUUGUUCCACAAGCAA